AUGCAUUUCGCUUCGGUCAUCGUCCUUCUUUCUGCCUUUGGCACCGUAUCGGCAUCGCCACGCUAUGGCAUCCAAGACCACCACCUCCGCCGCGCGGCAUCAUCCUUCAACCCGUUUGAAGGCAGGAAACUAUACGCCAACCCAGUGUGGGCAGCGAAGCUUGAGAAAACCCACAACGCUUUCUUGAGCAAGGGCGACACCAACAACGCCGGAAAGGUUCGCACGAUUCAGAACAUUGGAACCUUUGUAUGGAUAUCCAGCACCGCCAUGCUGUCCGACAUCGACACCGCCAUCGAGGGCGCCCGCGCGGCCCAGGCGAAGACCGGCCAGAAGCAGACCGUCGGUUUGGUGCUGUACAACCUGCCCGACAGAGACUGCAGCGCGGGAGAGAGUGCCGGCGAGUUCAGGACCGACAAGAGCGGACUGCAGCUGUACAAGGAUACCUUUAUCAAGCCCUACGCGCAGAAGCUGGCUGCCGCGACCGAUCUGAACUUUGCCGUGAUCCUCGAGCCUGAUGCACUGGCCAACCUUGUCGUCAACUCGCACGUCCCGCUUUGUGCCAAGGCUCAGACGGCGUAUGAGGAUGGUAUUGCUCAUGCCAUCGCAAGCCUGCAGUACAACCAUGUCAGCUUAUAUGUCGAUGCUGCCAACGGAGGUUGGUUAGGUUGGGAUAAUAAUCUAGGCCCUGCGGCCGAGAUAUUUUCCAAGGUUGUGAAGAAGGCUGGCAACAACGCGAAGAUUCGUGGGUUCUCGAUCAACGUCUCCAACUACAACCCAUUGAAUGCCAACCAUCGCCCGAGCUACGCGAAGGGGAGCAACUCCUAUGACGAGAACCACUAUAUCCUCUCUCUCGCUCCUCACCUCGAGGCCAAGGGCUUGCCUUCCCGGUUCAUCGUCGACCAAGGCCGUGUUUCUGAAAGCAGAAAGGAUUGGGGUGAGUGGUGCAAUGUCAGCCCUGCCGGCUUCGGCAUGCGCCCCGGCACCCCGGUGAACAACCCCCACAUAGACUCGGUUGUUUGGGUGAAGCCUGCCGGCGAGAGCGACGGACAGUGCGGGCUUGCGGGCGCUCCUGUGGCGGGGGCUUGGUUUGACGAGUACGUCCAAAUGCUUGUGAAGAACGCCGAUUCUACUAUUGCUCCGAGUAGGGCCUAGACGCU